AUGUCAUAUUCAAUAAAUCCUUUUAAGCUUGUGCAAAUAUCUUUAUCAUUUAUUUCUACUGCUGAGGCUGCUGCCGCAGGAGAUAAUGUGUCUGAGACACCUUUGGCACCUUCUGAAAAAAAUGAAUAUUUAUUUGAAUCGUCGACAGAAAAAGGAGAGAAAGGAUCGCUUGUACAUAAAAGUGACAAGCUUUUAAAGCUUUUGAUAGGUACAAAAUCCAUCUUGAUGCAAUUUAGAGAGUUAAGUCAAGAAGGUUUUGGUAUCUUAUAUCCUUUUACUGGUCUUAAAAAUAAUUAUGAAUAUCGUCAAUCAUCAAUCUAUGAUCAGCUAUCAAAUAAUUUUCGUAAACGAGUUCUUGAAAGAUUAAAUGCACGUCAAAACAUAGUGGACGAGCCUCAAGAUGAUGCCUUAAACAUUUAUCUUAGAUACAAAAAUAUGACAUCUGCUGAAGAUAUUGUAGAACUUGAUCCGAGUACUAUGGAUCCGAGUACUAUUUCUUUCUUAUUAAACAAACGCAUUAACCAAAGUAUAAAAAGGUUAGAUACUCUUGCUGCCCGUGUGUCUGAUCCAUGCUUGAAAAUUUUAGUAAUAGGAGAUGUAAAAUCAAGGAAAAAAUCCUUGAUAAAUGCUCUUAUGCAUCAUAGAAUAUUGCCAAUGGAGCUACAAAUGGAAAGGAUUCUUUUCUGUGAAAUAUUAAAUGUAAAGGAUAACUCUGGUGAAGAAGAAGUUCAUGCUAUUGAAGAUAUUGAAAAAUAUAAUCGAAAAGAUCCAGCAACAUAUUCAAUAAUCCCGUUAGCGGAUCUAUAUAAUACUAUCAGUAAUUCUACCAGAGAGAUUGCUUGUAUAAAGGUUUACUGUAAAAACAUCCGUUACAUCCAAGAGAGUCUUCUACAUGACAAAUUUGUGGAUAUUGCUUUAAUUGAUUGUUCCAAUUUUCUUCAUGACACUAUUAAAAUCAGAGAUGCUUUUAUGUUUAUAGCUAGUUCUGAGAAUCGUAUUUCGUCGUCGGUCAAAGAUUUGUUAUCUAAAUCUAAUAAUACUUUUGAUGAAAGCAACAACUUAUUUAUUGUGUUAAAUCAGUUUGAUAAUAUUUCAGACCAAGUAAAUUGCAAGCAGAUGGUCACGAAUAAAAUUGCAGAAUUAUGCCCAAGCAUUAAACGUGAUGUAGAAUUGCUUCAUUUUUUACCUACCAAAAAAAAGCUUUCCUUCAAUGUCGCGAAUGAUCUCCAUCAACUUAGAGAAUCUUUAGGUAAUUUAGUAACAAAAAAAAUAUUAAAGACCAUAUUUGUACCAGCACAAGAUUACCUUCGUUCACUUGUUAUAGAUAUUGGAAUUGUUGCAGAAUUCAAUUUAUAUAUGGCAUCAUGUGAGUCCGAAAAGUUCGAACGACAACUCGAAGAGGAUAAAACAGAUUACGAGCAAUUAUGCAAAGAUUUAGAUAAAAUUAAUUCAAAAGCCACAAAAUACGCCAAAACAACAUCUAAUUUUAUUUACAAAAAUUCGAAAGACAGGACAAUAAAUGCCAUCGUUAAUAUGGAACAAAAGCCCACUAUUAAUAAAUUAGAUUUUCGUGGGGUACUUUCAACAUUAAGCUUUGCAAACAGUGUCCGUGAUGCUAUGAUAAAGGAAAUUUCGGAGGAAAUUUCUAUGUGCGAGAUAAUAGCAAAAAGACAAGUUGAUAUUUGUAUUUCUAAAAUAAGUUCAUUGGCAGAAAGAUUAGAAGGAGAAUAUAACGAAAUCAGCCUUGAAGAAAUGUAUUCCGGCCCUACGCUUUCAGCUUACAUUAUUCAAUUUAAUUUCUUGGAAUUUUUCUAUUUCAAACAAAGCCGUGAUCUGAGUACAAACGAUGAUAGACGCAUUACACUCGCAGCAACUUCAAAAAUACUUACAUUUGCGAAUUUAUUGGGGGUUACAAAUUUUCUAGGGUUGCCUAAAACGCAACGUUGG